AUUACGAAAAAACUAUUUCCAUUGCUUUUUAUUAAUCCAAUGUGUUGCUUAAAAAAUGGCGAAUCGGCGAGCAAACUCUACACAAAUAAUUAAUAGAAAAGCGGCGGCCAAGAAUGGAUGCUAAUCAAAUGGCCGACAGUCAAACAGAGAGGGCACGUAACAACCUCGGCCACGCCUACUUCUCAUCUGGUAACGCCUAUUGGUGGAAAAAGCACGUGAUGGGAGGAACUCGUGUCAAUCACCUGUUGGUUGAGCUGCCAACCAUUCCCAAGGGGAGGUGUCCGUAGGGAGGUGCCUGUUACUCGUGCUCAUGACUGAACACAAAAGUGUACCCAGUGAGGUUUCCUGCUGUCAAUUCGACAUUUUGCUAUAAGCGCGACUGUUCGCAUCCAUCUAACGUUCAUGGUGUUCAUAUAUACUACAAACAGUUCGCCGAUGGAUUCAAUGUGACCCUGGCUUUUUGCCAAUCACGUGAUAUCGGCCGACGUCUAAAGGUCACUCAUGUACUAUCUGUCACAAAGGCAGACAGUUUUCUGGUCUUAACGUGUCGUCUGCUAUGGUUCCAAUGUUUGGUCUCCAAGAGACGGGGCUACAACCUCGUGGCCCCAUGGCGAGUAUGAAGGAGGAACCACUGAGUACAGCCCAAUUGGGAGCAGUCAGGAGUGGAUGGAUGCAGCCGGGCCUGAUCGACCAAGCAGCUACCAGUGUGGGACUAGGCAGAGCACAUUUCGAAAAACAACCGCCGUCCAACUUGAGAAAAAGUAACUUUUUCCAUUUUGUGGUUGCACUCUACGACAAGUCAGGUCAACCAGUCGAAGUAGAAAGGACAGGUUUUGUGGGAUUUAUAGAAAAAGAUCAAGAAUCGGAAGGCCAAAAGACGAAUAAUGGCAUACACUAUAGAUUACAACUCCUUUACGCUAACGACAGUUUAGUAUCUAGGAUGACCGUUGGAAGGUGUGCCGUUAGAUGUAUAAGCCUCUUUUAUAGCAUGUCUGGUCAGCUUGGUAGUGAUGGUCAGUUUGGCCAGAGAAUGACCACAUUUACACCCACGACAUUCACACAAGUGGCUAUAGUAUACGAAGGCCAAGAUAAAAAUCCCGAAAUGUGCAGAGUAUUGUUAACUCAUGAAGUAAUGUGCAGUCGGUGUUGUGAUAAAAAAAGUUGUGGAAACAGGAACGAAACGCCUUCUGAUCCGGUCAUCAUUGAUAGAUUUAAUAAACAAUGCUAUUCUUCUAUAGAAUUGUCUAUAUCAUUAUAUUCCGUAAUCAUAUCGACUCAAGUAAGUGUAGAUGGACCCUUGCUUGCUGUUUCGGACAACAUGUUUAAGCCACGCAAUGUGUGGCUUUGCAUACACGUAGCUGUAUCAAGUCUGUUAGUUCAUUUUGCAGCUACGCCGUGCAUCAAAGCCAUUAGUCCCAGUGAAGGAUGGACGAGCGGAGGAUCGACAGUCAUCAUCAUCGGAGACAAUUUCUUUGACGGAUUACAAGUUGUUUUCGGAACAAUGUUGGUGUGGAGUGAGCUUAUCACGUCACAUGCCAUCAGGGUGCAAACACCACCGAGACAUAUCCCUGGCGUUGUAGAAGUGACACUGUCUUACAAAUCAAAACAGUUCUGUAAGGGAGCACCAGGAAGGUUUGUUUAUGUCUCUUUGAACGAACCAACUAUCGAUUACGGUUUUCAAAGGUUAGCGAAACUUAUUCCUCGUCAUCCUGGAGAUCCCGAGAAAUUACCGAAGGAAAUAAUUUUAAAAAGGGCAGCCGAUUUAGCAGAGGCACUAUACAGCAUGCCUCGGAAUAAUCAACUAGCGUUGCCUGCACCUAGGUCACCCGCCCUCAACAAUGCUACGGCAAUGUCAGGGUUUAACGCUUACACAGGUCAACUUGCUGUCAACGUGCAGGAAAACGGAACUGGUAAAUAUCAUGAUUAUGGUAGAGCACAGAGUAACAGCGUAUCCCCUCGUGGUUAUGGUUCAAAUGCUUCCACCCCUCACAGUACAAAUGGUAGUUCCUAUGGUAGUGGUGCCAUGAAUGGUGGUUACGGGAGCCCAGCGAAUUUAGGUAACAUGCCCGUACCCGGUUCUCCCGGUCUUUUUAACGGCAUGGGAGGUAUCGUGUCAUCACCUUUUGCCACCAUGAAUCCGUUUGCUCUGCCCACCUGUAACGGACAGUCCUAUGGCGGCUCCAUCGUCACUUCCUCCAAAUAAGUGCUGCGAUUCUUCUUGUACAUAACUCAUCUAUUGCAACGUGUUCCUCUUCUUGUUUUUUCCACAUCCGCCGACGAGUUGUAGAUUUAAUGUUAUCCCUUUUUAUUUCUUCAUUUAAAAAAAAAAAACUAUGAUUAUAUCUAUUGUAAAUAUGUGUUUAAUUUUUGUACUCGUAUUUUUACAUUGCCAUUGUAUAUAAACCUCUGCUGUAGAUGUGUC